AUGAGAUUCAGCAAAACACACGACAACGGUGUACCUGCUUAAAGGAGCCGUGGACGGCCUCAAAACACGGACAAAGUCAGCGGACAGUGAGAAGGAGGAGUCCAGGAGCCGGUAAUUAGGGACGGGAGACCCCAUUCAAAGUGAGUUUGUCCGCAGAACUGAGAGGAUUUAAUAAGUGGACACGCGACACACGAGUGGGACCGUGGCAGAUAUUAAAUUGCAUCGACAAUGGGGGAUUAAGCGGCGAAGAUGUUAAGAAGAUGAGAAAAACAAUACUUGCGCUGUAAGGAGUCCCUCUCAAAUGUUUGAGCGGACAGGAAUGGCUUGAUUCCUCGCUACAGGACGACGGUGGGAGAAUACUGUCAGACGCACUCAUGUUUCUGUGGGAGAGAAAGAAAGUUUGCUGCGCUUGAUUCGGAUAUAUGCACUACUUUCUGAGACGCACUGCUUCUGUCUGUUUCUGAUCCCAGUCGGACAGACCACCUGUUAGGUGUCGGAUUAUACUGAUCACAAUGUCCAAACCCGUGCUGAAGAAAAACCACUGGACCUCCAAAGUGAACGAGUGCUCCGUCUGUAAGGACGCCCGUGGUGACUUGAAUGUGCCACUGCGCGGCGGCGCUGAGAACGGAGAGUUCGCCUACAUCGGGCCAGUUAAUGAGGAUGUCGUGGUUUACAAAAGUGGAAAACUAACCGAGGGUGAAUUGCUGUUGGAGGUAGAGAACCUCUCGAUAUCCGGGCUGCCCCUUUACGACGUGCAGACAGUAAUAAAGAACUGCAAAGGUCCCGUCAGGUUGAAAACUGUCAGGCAAGGAAACAAGCUGAACAAGGACCUUAAGCACUACCUGAGUCAGCGCUUCCAGAAGUCCUCGCCCGACCACGAACUGCAGCAGACCAUUCGAGACAACCUCUACCGCCACGCCGUGCCUUGUACAACCCGCGCCCCACGUGAAGGAGAAGUCCCUGGUGUAGACUACAACUUCCUGUCAGUGGAGGACUUCCUGGAGUUGGAGAAGAGUGGAACCCUUUUGGAGAUAGGAACGUAUGAAGGUAACUAUUAUGGGACGCCCAAGCCGCCGGUGCAGCCCCCCAGUGGGAAAGUGAUUAGCAGUAGCGGUAGCGGCGGUGAUGCCCCACUGCCAGACGGGCUCAGCGGUAGCCUGCCGGGCUCGCAGCACUCCACUCCCCGACGCACCAAGUCCUACAAUGACAUGCACAAUGCUGGAAUAGUGCCUGGAGAGCAGCAGCAGGAGGACGACGAGGACCUCCCUGACAUGAACAGUAGCUUUACAGGAGACUCUAGUGAACUAGACGAGAUUCACCACUCGGUGCGCCCCUUUGCCCCCUGCCAGAACGCCCCGUCCUACACCGGGACGACCCCCUCACCACCGGCCACCACGGAGAGCACACAGCAGACACACCCUCACCUGAGCCAUCCUCCCCCAGAGGACCCGCUGGGACCUCUGCCUGAGAAUUGGGAGAUGGCCUACACCGAGAGCGGGGAGGUCUACUUUAUAGACCACAAUACAAAGACCACUUCUUGGAUAGACCCUCGGUGCCUGGACAAGCCUCAGAAACCCCUCGAAGAAUGUGAAGAUGAUGAAGGGGUACAUACAGAAGAGCUGGACAAUGAUCUAGAACUGCCGGCAGGAUGGGAGAAAAUAGACGAUCCGGUAUAUGGGGUCUACUAUGUUGAUCAUAUCAACAGGAAGACCCAGUAUGAGAAUCCGGUGCUGGAGGCUAAGAGGCGUAGGCAGCUGGAACAACAGCAGCCUCAGCAGCCUCAGCCCCAAAGCCAGCAGCCACCUGAAGGUGAGCGCUACAUCCGAGAAUGGAUCGAGGACUCGACGUUGGCAGGGGCCCCACUGGCCAGCUAUGCUGCCAAUCACCAGGAGACCUACAGAGACCCUCAGACCGGACCCCCAGUGCCCAAUGCUAUGGGACAAAAACGAGGGAAGCCUUUUUUCACACGCAACCCAGCUGAACUGAAGGGGACUUUUAUAAAUACCAAGCUGAAGAAGAGUCGCCGGGGGUUUGGCUUCACUGUGGUGGGGGGUGACGAGCCCGACGAGUUCCUGCAGAUCAAGAGCCUGGUCCUAGAUGGGCCUGCUGCCCUUGAUGGCAAGAUGGAGACAGGUGACGUGAUUGUGAGCGUCAACGACACGUGUGUGCUAGGCUACACACAUGCGCAAGUUGUGAAGAUCUUCCAGUCCAUCCAAAUUGGCUCCAUGGUCAACUUGGAGCUCUGUCGUGGCUAUCCACUGCCCUUUGACCCUGAUGACCCCAAUACCAGCCUGGUGACCUCAGUGGCCAUUCUUGAUAACAAAGAGCCCAUCAUUGUAAAUGGCCAAGAGGGCUCCAACAGCUAUGACUCACCUUCCAGUCACGGCAGCCAGAACAACAACAAUGGCUCAGCCAAUGGCGGGGCACCCCUCAAUGGCCUUCCCCGACCCAACAGCCCUUCAGCAGAGGCAGCCUCUGACACCUCAUCCCAGCAUGGCUACCCAAGCGAUGUUGUCACACUGGCCUCAUCGAUUGCCACCCAGCCAGAGCUCAUCACUGUACACAUGGAGAAAGGAGACAAGGGUUUUGGGUUCACCAUUGCCGACAGUCCUGGAGGCGGAGGUCAGAGAGUGAAGCAGAUCGUGGACUACCCACGUUGCCGUGGUCUCAAGGAGGGAGACAUCAUCGUGGAAGUGAACAAGAGAAAUGUGCAGAGCAUGUCUCACAAUCAGGUGGUGGACCUGCUCAGCAAGUGUCCUAAAGGUAGCGAGGUCACCAUGCUGGUACAGAGAGGGGUGGCACCCGCAAAGAAGAGCCCAAAACUGGAUGAUUUUGAGCUGGCUCCUCCUUACAGAGAUUACACAAGGAGGCAGUUGUCAAGGAAGGACAGUCAGAACAGCUCCCAGCACAGUGUUUCCAGCCACCGGAGCGCCCACACCGACUCGCCUGUGCACCCAUCCCUGGCCCCCCCUCUCAGUGAGAGCUCCGCCCCCCCGCCCCCCUCCCAGCCUCUGCCGGGGCUGCCACCGCAGGACUCCCCCGCAGACGGGACCAUCCAGAGGAAACCAGACCCCUUCAAGAUCUGGGCCCAGUCUAGGAGCAUGUAUGAAAGUAGGCUUCCAGACUUCCAGGAGCAGGACAUCUUCCUGUGGAGGAAGGACACGGGCUUCGGCUUCAGGAUUCUUGGAGGCAACGAGCCAGGGGAGCCGAUCUACAUCGGUCACAUAGUAAAGUACGGUGCAGCAGAUGAAGAUGGACGUCUGCGGUCCGGUGACGAGCUGAUAUGCGUGGACGGCACAGCGGUGGUGGGCAAGUCUCACCAGCUGGUGGUGCAAUUGAUGCAGCAGGCCGCCAAGCAGGGCCACGUCAACCUCACCGUCCGACGCAAAACCAGCUAUGCCGUUAAAGCCGAGGGAGACGUACCCCCUUCACCGGCCUCCUCCCACCACAGCAGCACCCAGGCGCCCAGCCUGACAGAGGAGAUAGGGAAGCGCACCCCACAGGGCAGCCAGAACUCCCUCAACACGGUCAGCUCCGGCAGUGGCUCCACCUCUGGCAUUGGCAGUGGGGGAGGGGGCGGUGGGGCAGGGGGCAGCGGCAACGCGGUGGCGGUUGCGGCGGCGGCGGCUGCUCCCACCUCCUCUCAGCCCCCCAACGCCUCCACUGCUGUGUCAUCCUCCACCCUGCAGCCCUACGACGUAGAGAUCCGCCGCGGGGAGAACGAGGGCUUCGGUUUCGUCAUCGUCUCGUCAGUAUCACGGCCUGAAGCGGGCACCACGUUCGCUGGCAAUGCAUGUGUUGCCAUGCCUCACAAAAUAGGCCGCAUCAUUGAGGGGAGCCCGGCAGACCGCUGUGGGAAGCUGAAAGUUGGCGACCGCAUCCUGGCUGUGAACGGCUGCUCCAUCACCAACAAAUCCCACUCCGACAUCGUCAACCUCAUCAAGGAGGCCGGGAACACCGUCACACUACGCAUCAUUCCUGGAGAUGAGUCGUCGAAUGCAUCCCUGCUGACCAACGCGGAGAAGAUCGCCACCAUCACCACCACUCACACACCCCAGCAACAGGCCGCACCCGAGGCCAGAAACAACACCAAACCAAAACAGGAGUCAUUUGAAUUCAAAGCACCCCAAGGCCCUCCUCCCCAGCCCCCAUCACAACAAGUCCCGGCCCAGGAUGCUGAGUUCUACUCAGUGGAUCUGGAGCGGGACAACAAAGGCUUUGGCUUCAGCCUGCGAGGAGGCAGAGAAUACAACAUGGACUUGUACGUGCUGAGGCUAGCUGAGGACGGGGCAGCCGUGCGUAACGGCAAGAUGAGGGUUGGCGACGAGAUCUUGGAGAUCAACGGUGAGAGCACCAAAGGCAUGAAGCAUGCGCGAGCCAUCGAGCUCAUCAAGAGCGGAGGCCGCCGCGCCCAUCUGGUGCUCAAGAGGGGCGACGGCUCGGUACCCGAAUAUGACGCCAGCCUCGACGACAACAGUGCAGCCAACCCAGCCGCAGGGUUACAAAACUCUGCGGAAGUGAGCACCCAGCCCCCAACCAAUGCACCAUCGGAGUCAAGCUACCCAACAGAAACCCACCAACCAUCCCGGAGCAAGGAGCCGACCCGCCACACUACUGGCACCGGCAAGCACCACCAUUCCAAACACCGCCACCGCUCCCCCAACAAGAAAACCAGCACGGGCAAACACAAGGGGGGCAAGUCCACUGGGAAGGACGCAUCCAAGCUGUUCAAGAAAAAGGACGACAAGGCAAAGAGUAGUUCCAAAGAUGGCCACCAUCACCAUUCGAGCAGCGGGCACCACCGUAGUGGGCAUCACCGUUCACCUGAGAAGGGGCGCAGCAGGGCACGCAGUGCAGAAAACACCCUGGAUGGCCGUCAUAAAGGACGCAGCCACGGGCGCUCCCCCGACAGACACCGCACCCACCACUCCUCUCACCAUCGCCACCGCUCUCCCUACCGCUCUCCCUACCGCUCUCCCUACCGCUCGCCUCACCGCCACAGGUCCCCCCACCGCUCUGGUCACCACUCCCCCCACCGACGCCACGCUCAAUCCUCAGACCCCUACCGCCGGCAUGCCUCCCCAGAUAGACAGAGGGGCCGGAGCAAUGAGAAGCCCAAUGGGGUUGAGGCCGUAUUGAAGGAGCCCCCCAGGGCCCCUGAACCUAGCCCCCCUCUUGAGGAUAGCAUCCUCCGGGAACCCCCAGCCCUGGACCGUCUAAACAGGGAGGCCACACUGCCACGCCUGUAUGGGGAGGACAGCCUGCUACUGAGAGCCUCCUCCAUGGAAAGGGCCUACAGGGGGGACAGCCUGCUGAGGGAGGCGGCAUCCCGUGGCCAGAGAGGGGCCUACGGAGACAUCACCCUGCCCAGGGUGCGCACCCCUGACUCAGAUUCAGCCUACAGGAGGUACAGCUCGCUGCUGAGGGGACGCUCCCCCGAAAGGACAGAGAGGGACGGGCGCUACGCCAGCAGAAGUGGGUCCCGCGAGCUACACCCCCGAGCCCGCAGCCUGGGACGAGACAUCUCCCCGGUCAGGAGCUUCAGACGGGACGAGGAAGAGGAUGAAGAGUAUGAGGACGAUAUGAUUGCGGCUAAGGUGAGGGAGUACUACAGCACUCUGAAGUCCGACACCGGUCGCUCCUCGAAGACCGUGCUGCCUGAGCCCAAGAAGACCUACAAGGAGAGCCCCAAUGACCUGAGCAUUUGAUUGGACGUCUAUCAGCCAAUCACAGCCACUGCCCACAAAGCACCACAAAGCGCUCACUCCCAUUACCACUUGGUCUCUCACGUACAGAAGUGCACCCAAGUUACACACAGACACACAUAUACACACACAAAACACACAUAUACACACAAAACACAAUACUUAUAUAGACAUACACAGACCCUGGAGAAGAAUCUAAGUUAUUAUUGAUUGUGGUUGAGUUACUAACCAGACAGUGAUUCCAAAAUGACUUUUAAAUCUCAAGUUUUUUUUCUUACUUUUUUCUUUAAUUUUGUUUGUGAUUUUGUUUUUCCUUUUUUUUCUUCUUUUUUUAGUUAAGCAUUCUACAUUUACAGUAUCUCCGACUUUUACAGAAAAUGUAAAACCAUAAAAAACAAUGAUGUGCCUAACAGUUCCAUUAAUGAGAAACUUUUUUUUGUUGUUUUGUUUCAUUUUCUUUAUAAUUUGAUAUGUGACGGCCAUUUUGUGCCGCACCGUCAGAUAACGAAAUGUAUGUACUUUUCCACAAAGAGCCCAUGGAAGUACCGUGCACCUGGAUAACUGUAAACGGUGCUCACAAUGAUGCUGUGCAUGUCUUUACCGGUUUCAAUGUCUUCUCUAUCUUUCUUUCUUUCUUUCCUUCUCUCUCACACUCUCUGUAUCUCUCGCUCUCUCUCUCUCUUUCUCUUUCUCUCUCCCCCAGUGCCACUGUUUUUUAGACAUUUGACCAGACUAUAGCACAAGCCUGCAUUUGUUUGUAUAUUUUUGACAGUUUGCAGUAUGUGUACAUUCAGAGGUGAUCAUUUUAAAUGAAUGAAGGGAAAAUUAAAAGUUAAACUAUGAUGAUGAUGAUGUUAAAAUUAAAAUAAUAUAUUC